AUGUCAUUACAUAAUCAAAAUAAAGAUUCCAUAGUCAAACAAUGGCUCUAUGGCACUCUAACCCAACCUCUUAUUCAAUCCAUCUUAAUUCCUGAUGCCACUGAUGUACAACUUUGGAAGGCCAUUGAAGACUUGUUUCGUGACAACAAAGAGGCCAAUGCAAUUGAACUCGAAAAUCAACUCCGCAAUAUUGUUAUUGGCGACUCCACAGUGAUGGAAUACUACACCCGAAUCAAGACAAUUUCUGACCUUCUAGCCAACAUCGGUUCAAAGGUACCUGAACGAACCCUAGUCACAUAUGCACUCAACGACUUAUCCUCCAAGUUCGAUCACAUUGCCACCACCAUUCGCCACAAAACCCCUUUUCCCUACCCUUCUCGAGAUGCGGUCCAUGCUUACAAUUGA